UCGGUGGAAGCCCUGAUCAGAGUUGUCGGAGUCCCUGGUCUGCUCAGAGCCGAGCCUAACAGGUCUGUGCAUAGCUAAACCCAGUCCAGCCUUGCUCAGCACAUACUCAGGAUCUCAUCAUGAAAAGGUAAAGCCCUGCUUUUCUGGAGACACAUUGGAAGAGGAUUUUCUAUAGCCUGUGGACAUUAGCCAGCAGUGGUGAAGACAGACUUUAUGAACACAGGGGUAUGAUAACUAUAAAAGCUUUCUGGUGAUGCAUUUCAGGAACGUAAAGCUUCAAACUCAAAAGAUCUUAUUUGUUUAAGUCAAGUUUUGGUAAAGGAGGACAAGGCUAACACUGACAGCUUUGUGAUAUCUUUUCCAUAUUUUCAACAUCACAGUUACACAAGUGUAUUCAUUUCACUAUGUGCAAAGGAAGUAAGAGGUGCAGGCAAGCUAAAUGUACACAAUGCGUCCCAAAAAGGAAGCGUUUUCUUCAGAUAUUAACAGGAGAUCAACAAGUUAAUUGAUUAUUUGACAAAGACUGAGAGACCAUUGAGCUGGACCAUCACCCAACCAUCUAGUCUACAUGGAGCUACGAGGGAUCCGCGCCGGGCCAAUGGGUGGCCAAGACCAUAGGGGUCAGGGGUUAAGGUACAGCAUCUCAGCCACCGGGAUGGCAGCCAAUUCCAUAAUAACGGCAGUGCGGCAGCAGGACUACUCAGCAAGCGUCUGGCUUCGCAGGAGGGAAAAACUGGAACAUUCUCAGCAGAAAUGCAUUGUGAUCUUUGCCUUGGUGUGCUGCUUUGCCAUACUGGUGGCGUUAAUUUUCUCAGCUGUGGACAUUUGGGGCGAAGAUGAAGACGGGAUCACAGAGGACAACUGUAGCAAGAACUGCAGAGUAGUGCUUGUGGAAAACAUCCCAGAAGACAUCUCCUUCUUAGACAAUGGUACAUCCCAUGUUCCUCUCUCAGUGGGGCUGUACAACUUACUGGACCGAGCUAUCCGGGUCGUAGAGAUAGUUUCCCCGCUGUGGCUCCUCAACUCCUCCGAUUAUGAAUCGAGCUUCCAGCCUGCUGCCAGACAGGGCAGGGCUCUGCUGUCCAGGUUGCAGGGGCUGAAGGCUAAAGGAAUCCAGCUGAAGAUCUCCAGUGGGAUGAUCGACUCGACUGAGCUCAACACACUCGCCAAACACAAUGCUGAGGUCCACUAUGUGAACAUGACAGCGCUGACCAAAGGCCACCUCCUCUCCUCCUUCUGGGUGGUUGACAGAAGACAUUUCUACAUCGGCAGCGCCAGCAUGGACUGGAGAUCUUUGGCCACUAGGAAGGAGCUGGGUGUGUUGGUGUACGACUGCAGCUGUCUGGCUCUGGACCUCCACAGAGUGUUCAGCCUGUACUGGGGCCUCCAGUAUAAAGACUUCAUCCCCUCCUUCUGGUCCAAGCGCCUCUUCGCCCUCUUUAACAGAGACGCACCACUGAAGCUCACCUUCAACAGCACAAAGGCUCAGGCCUACGUCUCUAGCUCCCCAGAUGUUUUCAUUCCCAAAGAUCGUAGCAAUGAUCUUGAAGCCAUUUCCAGAGUGAUACAGGAGGCGCACCAUUUCAUAUAUAUAUCCAUCAUCGACUACCUGCCCCUCGUGAGCAGAAACGCUCAAAGGUACUGGUCUCGUAUUGACGGCCUUAUCCGGGAGGCUCUGAUUCUGAGGAAGGUCCGGGUUCGUCUGCUGAUAAGUUGCUGGGAAAACACUCAUCCACUUACUUUUAACUUUAUCUGGUCCCUAAGGAGUCUGUGCAUGGAGCAGGCCAACUGCUCACUGGAAGCUAAGCUCUUCAACCCCAGAGUGCUGAGGGAUGGCAGUCUCCAAGGAAUAAACCACAACAGGUUUAUAGUGACAGACAAAGCCAUUUAUUUAGGUAACCUUGACUGGGUGGGGAACGAGUUCACCUUUAAUGCAGGAGCAGGCCUGGUGAUCAGUCAGCCAGAGGGCAUCGAGGAGAGGAACUCUACAGUGGUGGAGCAGCUACGGGCCGCAUUUGAGAGGGACUGGUUUUCACGUUACACCCGCUCACUUCAGGCCAAUAAGAUCCCCGUCUGCAACAAGCACCAGAUCAACAGGCUGGUGUCAGUGAAAAGCAGUCACAUAGACAGUGAGCCAGUGCCUAUCAGAACAAGCCAGCACGAUAGCGGCCCCGCACCAAUGAGAAACAGUCACAAAGAUGAUGGACAGACGGCACUUAAAACAAGACACCAUGACGAUAGACUAACCAAAAUCAGUCGCCAUGGCAUUGCCAAUGGAUUGGUGCCAAUUAUAGACAGUUACCAAGAGAGGGGACGAGUCAAAAUGAGUCACCUUGACAACAGACAGGUACAAAUCAAAGAUAAUUACCGUGACAAUCCAAUGGAUCCACCCAGUCAGUCAGCCGAGAGCAGCGGCAGCAGAGAGAUCUCCAACGGGUCCCUGUGAACACAAAACGUGAUAGGUUCUUUUUCACUGAAUGAUGUGUGGAGCACUGCUCUCUUCCCGUAACGACAGACUUAACACACUGGGUCUUUGUAGCAUUUUAUUAUUGCCAUUUUGAAGAAAACUUUGAAGAUUUAAGUAAUAUCUGAUUUGCAGGACUUGAUAAUUUGCACGGAAGAACUCAGGAAGGAAAGGAAAGGCUUCACUGCAGCACUUUUGAUGGAUUUUUUUUAAAAGAAUAAAACCAAAACAUUUUGGCUUAGAAAAAACACUGAUUAAUACAUUGUAAUAAUAACUUACAACCUUGCUACUUAUUUAAUCUUUUUACUCUCCUUGCUGAGGCCUCUCAGGCAAAGGAAACAGAUGAACUCUUAUUGAUUGUCUGAUUACUGUAUGUCACUUAAGCUGUCUGUGGCAGUCAUAAUUUUUAACCCUUUAAAAGCGGGAAUGACUGCAUGUAGAUGCAGAGAUGGGAGGCAAUGCAGCAUGUGUAGCUACACCUACUUCAUUUUAGUAGCAAAAGAUUUACCCAGCUUUACAUUUUGUGGAUCUCUUAUUGCCUCUAUACUUAGAGUGGUAGUGGAUACUUUGGUAUCCUUGGUAUGUAAAUAGUUUUGUGCAUCUGCUGCAGUAUUCUGAGUGAGUUACUGUGCAUUCAAAUAAUAACUUACUAAACUUAUUUAUUACCACUGAUAACUUCCGAUCCUUAUCCUAAAUCAACCUUAUAAUGGGUCAUAUGACAUUAAUAGAAACAGACAACCCUUAUGUGGCCCUUCUACAUAAUUUAUGCAGCAGUGUUACUGGAUGGAAAGAGAAAUAUGUUGAAAUAUGUCGACAUUUUUGCAUAUAGAUGUAUUUGGAAUUGACGCGUAUUAACACAGAUCCCUCUAAACGGUUAUUAAAUGUUGACUGAUGAAAUUGAUUAACAUUGACAAUAUUACUGUAAUAGAAACCACCCAGUAACUCAUUCUGAGUGCUGAUCCACAGUUAAGGAACUGGGGCUUUAAAGGGAUUUAUCUAAUCAUGUCCACCAUGUUUCAAUCUCAAUACCACAAGCACUAAACGCUGUACAGAAAGCAGUUACAUAAUCCAAGGACAUGGUGCAUCAUAUAUCUUCACAGCGGGAUGGUGUAUAGCAAAAUGUUUUAUUUUAUGGAAGUCAUAAUUAAAUUAGAUGAUGCAUCUAUUCCACUGUGUUUAUUACAUAACACACCAAAUGAACUAUGGCCUGAAAUUUUCCAUCAGUCGCUGUCACUGAAAAAUUACAGCCUCAAUUUGUUUAAGUUGAAGGGUUGUAUUUUUCCCCAGAGGAACAGGGGCUAUUGAUCUGAAAGGGUCCAUAUAGAUAAAACAUUGCAGUAACUGUAUACAAAUCCUAGGAGAAGAGGAUGAAUUGAAAGGUUAUCUAUAGUAUUCUUCCAAAUGCAAUGUUGUGACUUAUUGAACAAAUACUAAAGGAGCAGUUAGAAGAAGGGGCCAGAGGGUCUCUGCUGUCAGCCCAAUCAAUACAAUGAAUUUUUAACAGAGCCUGACAGUUGCUGCAGUUCAACCUCAAGGGCAUGGUGGUCUGUAAUGUCACACUGAAUAUAUAUAUAGUACUUUUACCAUGUGGAGGUAGAGCUAAAUGUACAUGAUUAUUAGUAAAGAACAGCUAAUUUACCCUGGACUGAAAGCUUGUAGCGACUUUCAUUUGCAUUUUGAAUGAUUGCAUGUGAGGUUAAGUCCCUUAUACACUUUGCUGUGAGGGCAACUUUUGUAACAAAGCUUGUGGGAUUAUGACGUAGACAUAUUUUUGAACUUCCAAAGCCAGUAAUCAAGAAAAGAGGAAAAUAUUAGCGGAGAAGGAUAAAUAGUGAUGUCUUCAUCAACAAUAUGCAGGGUGUUUGUGCUUUAAUGUGAAAACAGCACAGGGGUAAUCAGUGUUGUAUCUGUGCAUGAAGCGCAAUUGAAUAGUUUGAUACUGCAGGAAAACUUAGGCUAUUACAGUCAGGAUGCAGAGAAGGCUUAGUUGUUACCAGAAAGAAUUAGAAGUCAGCCAUUGUGGUAAAAGGACAUACCGCAUGGAUUUGUGGUGCAUAUCACCAGUAUUCUUUAUACAGCAUUUGUGCCUGCUCUGUUUGUGUUAGUACAGGUCAAAUGUAACUACAUAGACUCAGUUCUGUCAUGCAGUCACAAACAGGGCACAUGUAGCUGAAACACUGAUACCAGUGUAAAAUCCAACAUUUGUCAGUCAAAAACACAUUUGACAAUUGUAAUCUGGUCAUGAUGGAUAACUUCUGCCAUCUAGAGGAUGUCAUGAGAAAGAACAUUUCCUCUUACUUUCCUGCUGCAAUAUGACAUGAUCAUUUUUUUAAAAUCAGCCUUUAGUAAGACCACAUGUUGGUUCACAACUACUGUUAAUGUCAGUUCUUAUGAAAAUAUACAGGCAGCAACAUGGGAAUGUGAUUGUUCUGUCAAAAUUGGAGAAGAAUUUAUGUUGAUAACUUUUAUUUCUUAUGAGGUGAACGGAGGAUUAUUUGUUCUUUUAAAAAAACAACAACACAUAUUGUACACACAGUAUAGUACAUGAAGUUGAUAUAUAACACAUUCAAGUAUAAAACAAGAAUAAUGUUAUAAAAUAACAGUUAUAUGUUUAAUUCUAUUUGCAUAAAACAAGAUAUGACUUUACAUUGCUGCUGUAUGUGUGCUCUAACACUUUCUCUCUUUCUUAUAAACUGAUUCAUAACUCUUAUAUGACGCAAACACUUAUACAAACACAAUCAUAUGUUUCAUUCAUUUCUCCAUACAGAGUGAGUAAAACUUGAAGAGCAUCAACUUAAUACUAAUAUGACACAUUUUCUUGUAAAGUACUACAUCACCACACUGCUUAUAAUCUGACAGCUGGUCUGGAGUCAGAUUCACUUCUUUAAGCUGCUAUUAUCUACGAUUGUCACACGGGGGCAGAAAUGUUCCUAAUGCACCUUGUACCCUGAGCUUCAUGUACAUUGUUUAUUUGUUUUCAACCUAUUUUGAUAAUCAGAAAACAGAGACUGAUUCCCAGUUAACAGAUGAGGGCUACAACUUUAAUAGUCACUUGAGACUUAUUGUAACACAGAACACACGGUACACACAUGCCAAGGUUUACAAUCUGCAAAUUCCAAGUAAAAAAAAAAAGCAAUGUUUCUGUAUCACCUGUUGUACAUCUUUCCAUCCCUCCAAUGAGAUUAAUGAAAAAUUUGCAAUUUUCACUGAAAAGUCUGUGAAAGAUACUGUUUUUCUUGAAGUCAGAAGGGAAGGCGAAUUUUGUUUGAGGUAGCUACAGAGUUAAACAGAAUGAAGCGCUAUUUCUGGCUCACUGUAAAAGCUUUUUAAUGUUGCCUACCUUUAUUCUGUUGAAUUUCUUCGACUGCUGUUUGCAUGCCCUGCCUCUAUGAACUGUGCACAGUAGCUAUGAGCCUUUCUAGAGAUAAUAAUGAAAUCUUAUAUACCUUUAAAAAAUACAGAAGGAAUGUAUAUUUAUUGCAUAUUCUUGUUAAUGCACACUACUGAAUUAUCUGAUUGCUAAGUUUUUACUGUUAAUAAAAAACUCUUAGCUUUU